UUCUCUAUUAGUGAGAAUAAGGUCCAGCAGUACCCCUCUCCUCGUCGAUUCCUCAACCACCUGCAUCUGAAUGCUAAUGCUGAAGGAAACAUCCAAGAGCAGUGGUAAGAAGAGUCAAAUUCCUGUGCAGUUGGAUUUAGGUGGCAUGUUGGCAGUCUUGGAGCAGAAACAGCAAACAGAGAAGUCCAAACAAUAUUCUAAACCUGUGGUGUUUUCAGUUGCUGGUGCCAUACCAUUGCUUUCUAAAGAAUCUGCUACAGCCACAAAAAAUCAUCGGUUAAACCAAGAAAAGAUGCCUCAUAACCCCUUGGAUUCCAGCGCUCCUUUGGUGAAGAAAGGAAAGCAGAGAGAAGUCCCUAAAGCAAAGAGACCAACGCCUCUUAAAAAGGUGCUGAUAUUUUUACAUUAAAUAGUAUGUUACAGGCUAAUGUAAAUUUAGUAUUACUCAGAGUUAGUUAAAUCUUGUAGUACAGAGAUCUACAUCUCAGCUUCCACUUGCCUAAAUUCAGUUCUAGCUUUCCUUGGUUUAAGAAGAAAAAGGGAAGGAGAAGUCUUGCCAAAUGAUGUAUACAAAUUCACAUCAAAAUGACUCAAUAGCUGAAGAACUGCCUGUACAAAAGUGCGUGCAAAUGAUUGUUGCAGAAGGAUAUC